CUAUCAUCUCAUUACCAAAGAACGUAUUCGUCAUGUCUAUCCCUGAGAAGACCACGGCUCUGGUCGUUGGAGGUGGCCCAGCGGGCUCCUAUGCCGCUUCUGCUUUGGCUCGUGAGGGUCUUGAUGUUGUAUUGUUAGACGCCGAUAAGUUUCCAAGAUACCAUGUCGGUGAAAGUAUGCUGGCGUCGAUCCGCCAUUUCUUGAAAUUCGUCGAUCUGGACCAAAAGUUCGACCAAUACGGUUUUCAGAAGAAGAUUGGUGCUGCGUUCAAACUCAAUCACAGCAAGCGUGAAGGAUGGACCGAUUUCCUGGCUGCUGGCGGUCCAACUGCAUACUCAUGGAACGUGGUUCGCUCUGAGUCGGACUACUUGAUGCUCAAACAUGCCGGCGAGUCGGGAGCAAAGGUUUUCGAUGGUGUCAAGAUCAACUCCAUUGACUUUGAGGAAUCCGACCUUGACUUGAGCAAGAUCGAAGGAAACUUUCCCAACCCAGGUCGUGCUGUCUCCGCCACCUGGACACGUAAGGAGGACGGCGCCACCGGAAAAAUCAACUUCGAAUAUCUUGUGGAUGCUAGUGGUCGCAUGGGUAUUGUUUCGACCAAGUAUUUGAAGAACCGAAAGUACAACCAGGGCUUGAAGAACGUUGCGAGCUGGAACUACUGGAAGAACACCGGAAAAUAUGCCCCCGGAACCUACAGAGAUAACUCGCCCUUCUUCGAGGCCCUGACAGAUGCAAGCGGUUGGUGCUGGACUAUUCCUCUCCACGACGGUACCAUGUCCGUUGGCGUCGUCAUGCGUCAAGAUCUUUCUCUCGAGAAAAAGAAGGCGAUGGGCUCCCCAUCUGGAGCUGAAUUCUACAAGGAGUCCUUGAAGCUCGCACCCAACUGCCUAAACAUCAUCGGCAAGGACGCCGAGAUGGUCUCUGAGAUGCACCAUGCUUCAGAUUGGUCGUACAGCGCGUCAUCUUAUGCCAGCCCCAACGUUCGCAUCGUCGGCGAUGCUGGCUGCUUCAUUGACCCCUACUUCUCCUCCGGCGUACACUUGGCUCUUGCUAGUGGUCUCUCAGCAGCCAUGACCAUCUGCGCUGCCAGGAACGGUGACGUGGAUGAGUUGACGGCCAUCAAGUGGCACUCCAGCAAGGUCGCUGAGGGAUAUACGAGGUUCUUGCUUGUGGUUAUGAGCGCUUUGAAGCAGAUCAGAAAACAAGAUGAACCUGUUCUGGGCGACUGGAGCGAUGAUGGCUUUGAUGUUGCAUUCGAUGCAUUCAGGCCCAUCAUUCAGGGAACCGCCGAUGCUGACGUAGGCGGAAAGCUUACUCAAAACGAAGUAUCCAAGACAGUGAACUUCUGCCUGAACGCCUUUGACCAGACAGCGCCCGAAGACGCCGACCGCGUCAUGAAGAAACUCGAAGCCUUGGACGGAGAGCCCAAGAAGGAAGAUCUCGAGAAAUUCGAUGCGGAAGAGCGCAAGAUUCUGGACCACAUCCGUGCCCGCCAGAUGCUCAGAAUUGAGGAUCAAUUCCAUGUUGACAACUUUGCGAAAGACGCGAUUGCAGGUUUCGUACCGAACUUGAAGAGGGGUAGUUUGGGAUUGCGCCCACAAGGAGAGAGCAAGAGCAAGCUCGCGGCACCUAUCGUGGAUUUGUUGAGGUUGGUGGAUGAGAAAGAGGCUGUUGGAGUGACGGUUCCUGCCAUCACUGUUUAAACGGAGAGCUAGACUGCGGGGGCAAGGAAGUUGCAAAUUGUAGACAACAUCAGGUAUACAUAGACUAAAUCGGAUGUAACGCCUUUGAGCGCCUGCGUAUCAAUUACAUUCAUUCUAUCAAACAUAAAACGUAUAUUUGGAUCUUACAACUUGAGUGUGCAAGCUAUUUAACUGUGAUAGAACCUAGAAGUGAACAUAGCCAGCCUGAUCUUCAUGCGAACCGGCAUGCUUUCAUUAGCGUGAUAGGAAAUUUGUUCUCUUAUAGUUGAGUUUCGGUUUCCGUCUUCUUUCCCCGGCAUUGAUCUUGCAAUUGCUUUCGAACGCACUGCGCUAGGUAGUUUAAAGACAACGUCUUUUCCAACCC